CCAGCCCAGCCCGCAGCCCUCCGGCCCUCCCAGACACAGACACCCGCAGCAGAGGCAUUUUGGGCUUCUUACCUCCCCUGUAACCUCCCCUGUCACUGCCCGCGGGAUCAGAUUCCACUUCCUUCUGGACUGUCCAAUCCUCAUUUUCCUCAUCUGUUUAAAAGAAGAACUGGAGAAGAGAAAUCCUCAUUUUCAAGUCUGCAAGGGGAAAGCAAAAUAACCUCAAGCCCGCUGAGAAAAAAAUCUUUGCAAGAAAUUUCUUCAGAGAUUUUACUCAGGUGAUUUAUAAAAUGAAGAAAGGACACAUUUUUCUGGCUUCUGUAUGUCUGCUGCUUACUCUGAUCCCUGCUGCUGUAACUUCUGACUCUGAGGAAGAUGAAGAUUACAUAGAUCCGACAGUGGAUCCUAAAGUGGCAGGACGGAAACCAGUGUUCACAUUUUGUGCCAUGAGGGCAGAUGACGGGCCAUGCAAAGCACUGAUGAAGAGAUUUUAUUUCAAUAUUUUAACUCAUGAGUGUGAAGAAUUUAUAUAUGGAGGAUGUCAUGGAAAUGAGAAUCGAUUUGACAGUAUGGAGGAGUGCAAAACAACAUGUAUAGAAGAAUUUUCACCACUGAAGAAGUCAACAUUGGAAAAUGGAAAACCAGAUUUAUGCUUUUUGGAAAAUGAUGUUGGAAUCUGUCGAGCUUAUAUUACCAGAUAUUUUUAUAACAAUCAGACAAGACAAUGUGAGCCUUUCGCAUAUGGUGGAUGCCUAGGCAACCUAAACAACUUUGAAUCACUGGAAGAAUGCAAGAACACCUGUGACAGCCCAGUGAAUGAUCUCCAGGCAGAUGGUUAUAAAACCACACCUGUUCCACUUGUUACCAAAAAUACUAAGUCUUUGACUCCCCAACCUACCAAAGCAUCCAGCAUUUGGGAAUUUCAUGGCCCUUCAUGGUGUCUCACCUCAGCAGACAAAGGAUUGUGUCGAGCGAAUGAAACCAGAUUCUUCUACGAUGCAGUCACUGCAAAGUGCCGUCCGUUUAAGUACACUGGAUGUGGGGGAAACGAAAACAAUUUUGCCUCUAAAAGAGCAUGUGUUAGGGCAUGUAAAAAAGGUUUCAUCAAAAGAAAAUCAAAAGAAGGGCUAAUUAAAACCAAAAAGAAGAGAAAGAGGCCGAGAGUGAACAUAGUAUAUGACUAUUAUGUUAGAAAAAUAUAAAUCUGUUAUACUAUUAGAAUAUUAACUCUAUUAAACAUUUUACAUGAAGUAUUUCAAUAUAACUUGUAUUUUUCCUUUGCUAAAAUACUUUGAAUGCCCAUGUUCACGAUGUAAGUCUCUACGGUUCUGCUAUUUCUCAAGUACUAGCUAGUAAUACAUAUACAUCAGAAAUCCUUUUCUAACCUGGCCUAAUUGCUUGUUCUAGGUAUAGUUUAUUAACUGUCUGCUGUGAAUUCAUUUUUUUCUUGAUCCUUUCUAACUAUUUGCCAUUUUAAUAUAAAUUGUCAUACUCCUAGCCAUAUGGAGUCAUUUUUUCUCCAUUUGGUGACCAUGUAUUUGGGAAUAUGUUGUCACUUACUGGCCAACCAUCAUGCCUGUAAUAACAUCUUUUAUAGCCCAUGACCAGGUUAAGAAAUGUAACUCUACAAACAAGCGAUUUUGGAUUUCACAUCUAAAAUGGUGACAAACACCUGCUUCUGAUGACUAUCACUCAAUUUUGCAUUUAGAGAAAACAGGCAACAAUACAAUGCACUUCAGUGCUUCCCUCCCUAGUUACGUUUUGUUUUCUCUCUUUGUACCAACCAAUACCUCCAUGAAUAUUGAGCCAAACUCUCCUCAAACAAAGAGUAGUGAACUUUGCAUUAUGUGUCUGCCUGAUUUUGAUUGGCUUUACUUUGGAGGGGGCUGAUUAUGACCCAGUAUGUUAGUCAAGAUGGUGAACAGCUGUGUUAAAUCCAGCUCAUGAUAGGAAGAAACAUGGAAACAUGUUAAAAGGAAAUUUAUUGUAUGUCUUUCCUAAUUUUACUUUUUGAGAAAAUUUCCUCUGACCAAAGAUAAUAAGAAUAUUAAAAACCUUCUGAAUCUACAUUUAUCCUUACAUUUUUCACAAAACAUAACCAGUAAUUAAUGCUCAAAAAACACUCUUAUUCCUGUAGAAGGGCUAUUACCCAGGUGGAAGAUUCUACUAGAAAGUCUGUGUUUGGUUCACUUGGGGUUUUCAUUAGCAUUUCUCUGGUGUUUAUCUUUCCUUCUCCAAUGACCACAUGCAGUCUCUCAACUCAGCAGCCUCCUGGACAUUGAGUUUACUUAAUGUUCAGUUUAUACAUAAUCUGAAUUUGACAUCUAGAAAAAAUGACCACCUCAUCUUUUGGUUUAGUAUCAUGAUUUCUUUGAACUCACUUUUGAUAUUUUGUUGUUGUUCAAAUACCAUGCUCAUCAAAUCAGUCUCCGAAUUCUCUUUCUUUUCCAUGAGAUUUGUCCACCACCCAUGUUUUUCACUCUGUACUGCAUCUCAGCCCACCAAAAAUAAAUAUCUGCUGACUCAUAGUCAAUAAACAGAUACACAGAGAUGGUUUGCAGUGUUUCCUGCAGGUGAAUAUUAUUUUUUUCUACUAAGUUUAUUGGUACAUUUUAGGUAUACAAUAGAAUUACAUUCAUCAUUGGGAUCUUGUACCUUUACAUGAUAUAUCUUGUUUUUCCCCAUUCCCUUGUCCUCCCUUCACCCCUUCCACCCUUCCCUAUUUACAAAGACUUUGUUUCCAUUUUUCCCUUUUCUCAUAUUUUUUCUUUUCCGUUCUUUCCUUUCCCUUACAGGAGAAUAUUAUUUUACCUUGUUUUAAAUAAGAAUUCUUUGAUGAUGUGGUCUUCCUGUAUUUUGCAUAAUCAGAUGCAUCUAACUGUGAAUUUUAUACAGAAUUUCAUUAUACAGCAUACACAUGUAUUUAUGUAUUUUGUUAUCUGUAUUAAAAAUUGACAGGUUGUGCUGAAAAUUGCUCAAUGAUUUUAUUUUUUAUAUUGUAGCCAGUAAAAUUUCUUUAUCAUGAGUAAUAAACUUGAUUUGUUCUCUUGACAUUUUUAGUAUUUAAUAAAGAAUUUGAUGUUCUUCAUCA